AUGUUGAAAACUUUUGCUCUCCUUCUGAUAACUUGUGCUGCGUUUGCUACAGCAUUAAAACAACAUCGUACUGUUGGCAUUAUUGAAAAUGGAAUGUUCAUCGAACAGACUGUUACUCAUUAUGACGAUCUCCACGUCAUUGAAGUACCUCAACAUGGUGAUCGUGCUCAAAUCAUGGCUUAUCUGGAUUUUCGUUCGGGUCUUCAGCUGAUCAAAGAUGUGAGAAGUCAAAGAUGUCAGCUGUCCAACAUGGAAGCAGCAACACGAAUUGCUCAUUCGAAGAUGGUUUCCAUGAAAUCAGCCGACAAUGGCCUUUCGAUGCCCGAUCUUCCAGUCGAUGCGAGUGGUGUGGAAGAAAUUCGUGUUUUCAAACUCGAACGACAAGAUGUGAUUCAAAAUAUAUCACAUCUUCGCUUGGAAUUUCAACAAGCAUGUGCUGGCUUAGCAAUUCAUUGGGCUGAUUCGGUGAAUGAGAAUGAUGUCGAUGGAAUGGUACGAAAUGGUGAAUUAAUGUAUGAUAAACAAGAAAAGAUCAUGAUUCAACCAACAAAUCCAGAUAGUCGACUCAAUCAACGAAAUUCUUGUAAUCCGAAUCCUCAAUUAAUGCCUCCGACCCAGUUUACUUGUCACGGCAACUGUGUGAAUCAAAAAUGCAUAGCAAUGUCAAAUUCAGGUUAUUACUUUAUUCUUUGCCCAUUGAAUGGAAGUAUCGGACAAAGUUGCGCGACGCAUGUUGCUCAUACAAACGGUAAGUGUAAGUUAUGCUGCAACGAUCCAAAGUCAUCUUGUUUACCACCCUCGAACAGUGGUUUUUGGCAACGUUGUGAUUGUGUAGUAAUAUAG